CUGUCGGAGGAGAAAGCCGCUGGUGCCAGCCGUCGGAAGACGAGACCCUUCACGCCUGCCGUCGGGCCGGUUGGCUGCCUGCGCCAUGGAGCGCCACCAGCAGCCUCUCGAUUACCCGCUGGCGGCGGACCAGUACUACGAGUAUGAGGAGGAGCCGUCGGGGGCCUGGAACGGCAGCUUCCUGGAGCUGCAGUGCGCCUGGGAAGAGGCCGAAACGGACUGGGAGGUCUCCUUCUCGCUGCUGCCCGUCCUCUACAUGCUGGUCUUCGUUCUGGGCCUGUCGGGGAACGGCCUGGUGAUCUUCACCGUGUGGCGCGGUCCGCCGGCGAAGCGGCGCUCGGCGGACACGUACAUCGGCAACCUGGCGCUCGCCGACCUUGCUUUCGUGGUGACGCUGCCCCUCUGGGCCGCCUACACGGCGCUGCGCUUCCACUGGCCCUUCGGCUCUGCGCUGUGCAAGCUGAGCAGCUACCUGGUGCUGCUCAACAUGUUCGCGUCUGCCUUCUGCCUGGGCUGCCUCAGCUUUGAGCGCUACCUGGCCAUCGUGCACGCCCUGCCGCGCUCCGUCGGGCGGCCCGCCUCGACGCGCCCGCGCACCUCCACGCUGCUCUCGCUGGUCGCCGUCUGGCUGCUGGCCGGGCUCUUGGCGCUGCCCGCGCUCUUGCUGCGCAACACGCGUACGCGCCUUCCACCCCACCAGACCGACGGCAACGCCUCUGCCUCUGCUGCUGCAGCUACGGCUGCCGCUGCCGUCGAGUGCGACAUGGAUUUCAGCAGCGUGGCGUCCAGCCCGCGGGAAAAAGAAUACUGGAUGGCGGCGCUGAGCCUUUCCACGACGGCGCUGGGCUUCGUGCUGCCGCUGCUGCUCAUGACACUCUGCUACUGCUGCAUCGGCGCCACCGUCAGCCGCCACUUCCAGCAGCACGUGCGCAAGGAGGAGGGCCGCCAGCGCCGACGCCUGCUGCGCAUCAUCGUCACCCUGGUGGCCGUCUUCGCUGCCUGCUGGUUCCCUUUCCACCUGCUCAAGAACCUCUACGUGCUCUCCUGGGUGGGGGUGCUGCACCUGCCCUGCUGGUGUCUGGAACUCAUCCCUCGCCUGCACCCCUACGCCACCUGCCUGGCUUACAUCAACAGCUGCCUCAACCCUUUCCUCUACGCCUUCUUCGACAGCCGCUUCCGCGCCCAGUGUCUCCUCCUGCUCGGCCUGCGCCGGGCCCUGCGCGCCCAGGCCGGCUCCGUCUCCUCCACCCUCAGCGGGCAGACCCAGAAGUCUGAACUGCCCUCCUUGGGCACCAAGGUGUGAAGAAAGAGGCGAGGAGGAGAGCGAGGCAGCCGCUGAGACGGCUCCUCCGUGCUCUCCAGUCCCGUCUGAUGGCGGCGGCAAGGGCGGCUUUCAGCUCCACGAGCCGGCAAGCGAGAAGCGCGCUUUUGGACGAGGCGCCUGCGCGCAACCUGGGACUUCCGACGGCCAGGCGCCCCUCUCCAGCGAUAGCACUUGGGCAUCGCGUCUUUCUCGGCCGACGGGCUGGGGCGAUUCAGGACACUGCUAUGUCACCCCUUCCCCGUCGCUUUCUCUCUCUCUCUCUCUCCCCCCCCCUUCUUCUAAGCCGGACACUGGCGCUUUGGUGCUAUCUGAGUAGGUCGGACAGUUCUUCAUCACCACCAAGACCUGAGAAUUCCCCCGGAUUGGGCAGGUCCCUCUGGCGGGUGACUCCCCUUCUGACCUUUGUAAUCAAUAAAUACUUUUUGUUGUUGUUUCCUCAGGAAAAAACCC